AUCUGUCCAGUCUUCUCGGUGAUCAUAUGAUAUAGAAUAGAUAUUAUAUAUAGGCACAGACCACAAGAUCUGAAUAUAUAUCAUAUAUAUAUAUAGCAAAGAAAGAAAGAAACUAUAAGUAACCGAUCGAUCGAUAGCACGGAGUGAUCAAAUUAGAGGACGACAUACUUAGGGACGAUGGGAAGAGGGAAGGUGGAGCUGAAGAGGAUAGAGAACUCAUCAAGCAGGCAAGUCACUUUCUCGAAGAGGAGAACCGGACUUCUGAAGAAGGCCUUCGAGCUUUCCAUUCUCUGCGAUGCCGAAGUCGCCCUCCUCAUCUUCUCCUCCACCGGAAAGUCUUACCAAUUCGCCAGUCACGAGAUGGAUAGAACUAUCGCAAAGUACCGGAAUGAAGUCGGAUUGCCUGAUACGACUAACCGAGGUUGUAGAACCAUGGAGUUCUGGAGGACAGAGAUUCACGAGUUAAAAAGAUCAGCAGACGACUUGGAGGCACAGCUCAGGCACCUGUCUGGAGAAGAUCUGUCAAAGUUGAGCAUGAGAGAGUUAAAACAACUCGAACGUCAAUUAAGGACAGGAAUUGAACGUGUCCGAUCAAAGAAGAGGCGUAUAAUUUCGGAGCACCUCAACUUGCUUAAGAGAAAUCAAAGGGCCUUGCAAGAGGAGAACAACAGUCUCGAGAAGAGAGUUAAGCUGCGGGAGCUGCAAGAUGAUGAUCAGAACGUGAGCUUUCUCUCUUUUGGAGGUACCUCCUGCUCCUGAUCGAUUUUCCAGAAGUCGGUCGCCGGACAAGUUUAUUAUGCAUGGACAAACUAUAUCUAUAUGUAUGAUGACAGGAUAUAUACAUAUGGAUGAAGUCAUGAAGAUGCAUAUAUACGGGAGGAAUUACUAGGCUUCUCCUAGUCCUACGUAUAUGUAUGUAGAUAUAGUUGUUCAAGAAAAUUGUAAUCUUCUUUUUUUUUUGUGUGUGAGAGAAAAUUCUUCACCUUGCUCAUGACUUAGGCCAAUUCGGUUAUGGGUCAAAUUUUACCUCACUUUGUAUUUUUCAGGGUAUCCGAACCUACGUACCAAUGUAAACGGUAGUACUGUUAAUUGAAAAUAUGCAUUAUUCAUAAAUAAAUAAAAAAGAUAGAGAGAAAAUUAUUGUAAA